CUGAUUUAUUGAGGAAAAUGAUAGCAGCGAGCAAUUGAUAUAGCCAUGUUGUAUAGCGCCUAAUACAUAGAAAAUAACCACGAAAUAGUGAUUUUAAGUUUGGCCGAUGAGACAUUCGGCAAACCAGCCAAGUUAGCGUGAGACUUGAACUGCCUGGACUCACCAGUAUGCCUUCCACACGCAAUGUACUUGUGUUUCUGUAUAGUGUAUGUGUGUACAGCGGCAUUGAAGCCAUGGUCACAAGUCAGCAGCCGACUGGGAGCACGGCGGAAGUGCCAACAUCACAGGAUUCUUCAGUUGGGACAUCUAACUUAUUCUCGCAAAACUCAUUAAACCAAUCAAUAUCUAUUGAAGCAUCAACAGUUCCUGGUUCAUCAGAAACACCAGCUUCUCCUGGAUCAUCAGUGACCUCAACACCUUCCGAAUCAUCAGCAACGUCAACAGCUCCUGGAUCAUCAGCAAUGUCACCAUCCCCCGGGUCAUCAGCAACACCCGCAUCUUCUGGGUUAUCAGAAACAACAGCUAACACGACUACAUCAUCUGACUCACCUGAAACAUCAUCUCCUGGAACAUCGCCGACGCAACCCGAAACAUCUGAAACUUCUGGUACAGAUGGGAUGUCAUUAUCGACUGAGUCCUCGAACCUUACAGCGAGUCCAUCAGCGACAGCUGGACCACCUGGGACUUCAAACGAUACAACGAGUUCAUCUGAUUACGGAAGCACAUUUACCAUGUCGUCCGAUUCAACUAGCAAUAGUGAUAGAUCAGUACCACCAACUUCAUCGUCACCCAAACUGACGACAACCACUGCCACAGCUACAACAGCUCCGAGGUCCUCAUCCCAAUCCCAGCCAAGUCCCAUGACACCAGGAGAAACAGCAGUAACUACAGCUAGUGUAGUUUCCACACAAGCUGCACGCAGCACAACACAAGGUUCUACUGACACAACCUUGGCUACAGUCGUUAUCUCUGUUGCCAUCGUCGCUGGGGUGCUGACAUUCAUAACACUUACUACAAUAUGUAUACACUUAUGUUUUCUGCGGCCAAGGAAGAAACAGUCUGCAUCUAUUGAAGAAAACGCCAUGACUAUGAGAGACAAAAAGAAGAAAAAGAAGAAAAAGAAGAAAAAGACUAGUCUUCAGGAAUCCGAUGUUAGUGAGCUUAUUAUUGCUAUAGAUAAGCAAUCGAAACCACUGGAAAUGGCUACAUUGGAUGCCUCUGAUAACAACAGCUCUGACGGUGACUUGGAAGCCAUACAGAUUCACAAAGAAAAUACCACGGUGCAAAAUGGCGUGGAACACCGCACAAACGCUAAGGUUGGCGACGCUGCUCAGUCUGGCAAGAAGAUCGAUUUCUCCGAUACUACAGGGAAGUCGGGCGGCAAUGAUGCAAAUAAUGUGAGGAUUUCCAUACAUCGUGAACUCUUGGAGAUGACCAAACUGAGGAGCAACAACCAGCAGGAUUCUGGGGAGACUAACAGACAAAUGAGUACCUUUGGCAAAUCAGGUCUCCUGGACAGAUCGUCAUCGACGGUCUCGAGCAUAUCCAUUAGAGGAAUCACCGACGUUGCCAAGCCCGGAGAUAAGGUUGAAGGCGGACAACAAGAGGUGCGUGUUGGUAACACUAAGGAACUCGAUCCACAAAAUGUCCUUUCCCCUGUUCCUUGUGCUGAAAAUACUGUUCCAGAGCCUGAAUUGAAGUCAGACAAUAAACAAGAAAUGGGUGGCACUAAUCAACUUGUGAGACAAAACUCGUUUUCUGAAGAAAGUAUGUUAGAGGAUGGCCAUUCCCAAUCUGAAAUGAAAGAAGACAGCCAACAAGAAAUAGGUGCCAUGAAUGAAGUUGUGAGACCAAACUCCGCUUCUUCCACUGAAGACAAUGUACCAGAGGGCGGCCAUUCUGGAUCUGAAAUGAAAGCUGCUGACAGCCAACAAGAUAGAAGUGGCAGGAAGGAACUCGUGAGACAAAACUCUGUUUCGUCCACUGAAGACAGUGUACCAGAGGGCGGCCAUUCUGGAUCUGAAAUGAAUGCUGCUGACAGCCAACAAGAUAGAAGUGGCAGGAAGGAACUCGUGAGACAAAACUCUGUUUCGUCCACUGAAGACAGUGUACCAGAGGGCGGCCAUUCUGGAUCUGAAAUGAAUGCUGCUGACAGCCAACAAGAUAGAAGUGGCAGGAAGGAACUCGUGAGACAAAACUCUGUUUCGUCCACUGAAGACAGUGUACCAGAGGGUGGUCGUUCUGAUUCUGAAAUGCAUAAAGAAGGUCAAGAGAAUGAAGGUGAAACAGGGGAAGUCGUACGCCAAAUUGCUGUCCCUCGUACUGAAGGCAAUGUCCUAGAGUCUGAGACUCAAAUGCACGCAGUUCACAAAGAAGGGAAUGGAUAUGACUACGUAGGAGACAGUGGAGGGAAAUAUCAGGGAAUUGGUCAACCCAAAUAUGCCAUAGACGAAGAGAGUUAUAGCCAAGCAUAUGAGUGUGAGGUCUACGAAGAGGAUGAUCUUGAAAGUCUUGAUGAGGGUGAAAGAGCUGCGGAUGGCAAUGGUAGAGGACCAAGAGAAAUAGAUAUUGAUGCAAUGAUACAGGAGCGUGUUGGUGAUGGUCUGAGCAAUAUCAUCAUGUCAACACGACUCUAGAUUGAAGGAGGGUGUGUUGUUGAACGGAGCUAGUUUACUUGGGUUGUGUCAAGAUAGUGCAAACACCACGAUUUCCAAAACGUAUCUUGUCAACAACACAAAAAUACCUUUUUGAGACUGACGUAAUGUGUAAACUUUCUCAACUCGCCCACUCAAUUGACGUGAGAGACUAGACUCGAUAUCAAAUUAAUUGGCCCAUGCAUUACUGCAUUGACAUCGUAUCUCCACGUGAAUACAGUACACAAUCUAUAAGACUGUGUAGUCUGAUAAUGACAAAAUCUGUUUCCAUAAAAUUCAUUGUGAUUGGUUUUAGAGUGUUAGGCUAGGUUAGGAUAUGGAGAUGGAUGGCCCUUAGUCAUAAUCCAGUUGAUCACAAUACACGCCGAUAUCCCAAGAACAAUCACAUCAAUAGCCUGUCCUUCAGUUCCUGUUUGAUGUUUGGAAGUUGGAAUGAGAACAAUAUUCUUUAGAAUUUAAUGUUUGCAUAUUCUGAGGAAGUUUGUACGUCAACACACCCUGUUUAGAUUGUUUAUUGACACCAGUGUAUGUUUCAUUUCGCGCUAUUUGAGGUGAUGAAUAUCAUGUUCGGGGUAAUAUCUCUUUCCCUGCCUACAUUGUGAAUGUGUCACAGGAUGCAAUCCAACGCUCAGCGCAGAAUGGUUGCAGGUGUUCCUUGAGCUGCAACACCUUAUCAUAUGCGAUUUAAACAUAUUUUUAUUCAAUGAAUCUGUAUCGGUAGACAAGCGAAAAGGCUUAUAUUAAUACCUCUGCAGUACAAUUUAUUCAUGAAGGCAUUAAACAAAACAAUACAUGAUGAUAAAGUGAAUACGUUAACAAAAGCAAGUGGUCAACAACAGUUUGGUGUAAUGAGUAGAACAAAUAAUUAAUACGCAGGAUUUACAGUCUCGCGUUAGUUUAAACCUUUUGGAAUGAAGUAUGUAUGAAUGUACUGUUUUUAAGAUAUCUAGAUUGGGAGUAUUUGUAAAAUUUGCAUUACCAUUCAGUAUAGUGUUAAGAGCAACUCUCUCAGGGUAGAAGAAUGAAUCAUGUCUUACAUCAUUAUAGGGACAGGAAAGGAAAUAGUGUGAUACAGUUUCAUACAUGUAUCCACAGGUACAAGCUGCUUUGUCAGAAAUGUGUCUCAUAUCGAUGGGCAUUAAGAUCGCUGCAACCAAGUCUGAGGCGAGAAUAUACAGUCUGACAAAAUCUACUUCCAAAAUUUAGAUAAAAAUACAAAUUGGUAUUUUGUAUUCUUUUUUUAAAAUCUCUUAAAUUCACCAGUUUCUGCAUUAAGAACGUCAUCAGGCAAAUGGUUCCAACGGUUAAUAGUGUCUGGUAAAAACGAUUUGUUUUAUGUGGAGAUACUGAGCCGAAAUCAGUACUGCUAAUACCCUAAGCGUAACAUUCCCCAUUCUGUUAAAAUAAUUAAAUAAAUAUUAAUUACAUAUUUUUGGAAUAUCUCCCUUCUUACCUAAAACUCACAUUAGAAUAAUGCUAAAAAGUAACCUAUCGUCUUUCUUCACUAUCUCACCAUGCCUAUAAACACCAGAUACACUUUGUGUUGGUUAGCUGUAUAUACAACUGCUUUCCUGGAUAUGUUCAACAACUCACAGCUAUUAUGUACUUUCCUAUGUUUUACUAGAUAUGUUCAGCGACUCACAGCUAUUAUGUACUUUCCUAUGUUUUACUAGAUAUGUUCAGCGACGAUUCCUUUGCUUUUCAGUCGUGUUCCAUAUGCCAUAUCAGUAGAUUCAAGAGUUUUAAACGUUAUUUAUGUAUGUGUCGUAUGUGUCAUGUUAUUUCAUGGUUAAUGCGUCACAGAGUGACCAUUUUAGUACCCGCAAGAGCAAAAAUAUCUUACAGUCAAUGUCAAAAUUUAGUCAAUUGAUAGAAUUCCGUGAAAAAUUAUGAAAUUGACAAGUCCAUUUAAUUAAUUCGCCAUGUUGGCCGAAACUUUCAUUGGGAGGAUCGACUCAAUUUCAAUAUUGUUUCCUCAACGUAAACCACUGAUAAUCAAAGCAAUCUCAUAUGAAUGACCAGUGAACAGCUGUAACAACAUGCUUGUAACUGACUGGACGCAGAUACCACUUAUGCAGACAGACAGAUGAAUUUACGUUUAUGUGGAUGGACAUGGUGAUAGAUCGGAACAUACUUUCUGUGUAAUGCGGACAUACUAAAAGACAGUGGUAUAAUAUUUAAAACGUCCAAUGAAAGGAGUAAUGUUUGGAGAAGGAGUGUAACCUACACAAGCAAUUUUGAGUGCGAAUUAAUUUAUAUAGUUUUGGGCGACUUAAGUGAUUAAAUAGUACAUACACCUCAACAUUGGGGGCCGAUUUGUAUGCAGGUGCCACGCAAGCUUAUACAUGUAUGUCCAAAAGUGUUUCAUUUACUGUACUGUUUACUGUUAAUAUUCACUGGUUUAAUUCAAGUUAUACCACAUGUGUACGUUGUAUAAUUGAUAACUUUCUAUGCUAUAUGAUCAGAUGCUAAAUAUUUUCUUUGUACAGUUUGAUGCAAGACCCAGCUAUUUUACGUGUUCGUACAUAUUUACACACACGUUAUGAAUAAAAAUGUGAUUCAGGUGCAACUUAAACUAACCUGUCCACACAGGAUGAGCUUAUUUUGAUAUGACAGUGAGCAAAUUCAUAGGCUCCGUCAGUGUACGUUGUGUAGUUUGGUGGUAGGUUUCUUUGCUUUAUAAUCAGAUGGUAAUUAUUGUCUUUGUACCGUUAGGUGCAAGAAUAUAUUAAUUUACAGUUUUGCACAUGCGUUAUGAAUAUAAAUCACACAUUCAUCAGUA